UCCGGACGAUAGGGGAGCGAGUCUCAAAUAUUUCGCUCUUUUGUCGAAGAUGUAGGCUGGUGGUGGUGAUUUGCUGAAUCACUCGUAGGUACAUGCAUUUAAGCGAUGCUUUACAAAUGAUCUCAUACAAACAACUCUCAAGCAACGUGCGAAAUUCUCCAGACAGGAGCCAACACCCAAUUCAAUCGUAACGAUGUGUAGAUUCUGAAUACCAACUGAUUAAUUGUUUUGAUUGAGAGGGAUUGAAAAGAGACCAGAGAGAAUGCCAAUAUUACCUGAUUUUAAGUGGCGGGAGAGUGAAGCGUGGGUGAAGAUUGAUGUCGAGCUUCGCACUGUGAAUCCAGCAACGGCCGACAUUACAACAACUGAAUGCUUCGUGAAGGUGAACAGUUAUCCUUUCUUGUAUCAAGUUGAUCUGGAAGGAGAAAUAGACACCAACGAGAGUACCGGUGUGGUGGAUAAAACUGGUGUCCACUUUCAUCUGAUCAAGACGGACCAAAGGCUAUGGAACAGAUUGGCUGCUAUCGGAGACAAGAAGGAAAUUUUGGCACGACGAGAACGGUCUUUUGAAGCUAUAAGAGAGCGAUCCAAGGAGGUAAAGUCAAAGUUCCAUGAAAACAAAUCUAUCACCAAUCGGAUUGCAGUUGGGAAGCAAAUGCAACUAGAUGAGGCUCGACGUAAGGCUAUUGAAAAUCACAAAACAGCCGAAAUGCACCUUGAGAAUAUGGAGCUCACGGAAUGGAAGAAACAACUUCCUAAGGCAACAGCUAAGUUGCCGCAAGAGCCUACAUCUGUGGAGUAUGACGAUGUUAACGAUGUUGGAGAUGACGAAGAGGUUGAUACGAUUGAGAAAACUGAGUACGAGAAAAUACGUAAGGACUGGCUGAAAAAUAAUUCUGAAACUGAAGACACAGAGGAGUCGACAGAUCCAGUAAUUUUUAAUGAGGAGAAAGUGAAUUUUGCAAAUCACAGCAAAAACAGGGUAUCGGAAGCGCCACUCAAAGAAAAUAUUGGUCCUCCAUAUGAAGAUGAUUGGGAUGGAGACGAGAAAGUAGACUCACAAAAAACAGCGGCAGCUACUGAAAAUGGGAGGAUUGUCUCCCGAAAUGUGAAGCCCAAGUCCGUCUUAAAAGAGCGACAGGCAAUUACAUCGUUUGAGAAGAUCAUUCCUGCUCCUCGUAAAGUUUUUAGCGUGCCGAUCUAUUUCAGCGACAAGCCAACUCUGCCAGAUCACCUGCCUGCUCGUGAAAGCCGAGAAGUGAAGGUGGAGCUGAUAGAUCGAGCCAAAACUGGAGCUCCAGAUACAAAUGAUAUCUCUGAGAGAGAGCCGAUAUUUCUCCAAGACAAGGGCGAUUUCUUCUUCAAAGGUGGAGAUUACCAGAGUGCCGCAAAUGCAUACUCAGAUGCUAUCUCGAAAGAUGCCGCUAUGAUUUACUGCUACGCAAACCGUGCAGCUUGUAGAUUACACUUCAAUCAAGCGCAGGCGUGCAUAGAUGACUGCACCACAGCCAUUCAUCUUCUCAACUCAGACGAUCCUAUCUUUGACAUGCAAGUGGACAUUGCAUGCUCUGCCUGUCCUGAGUACGUCAAGCGAUACCGUGAGUACCCAUCGGAAGGACUUGGCCUGCUCACUUGCUUGACACGGCAGCGAACCGCAGGCAACAGCAUCCUCAGCUUGAAGAAUAGCGUUAAGGCCAGAGUGUUGACACGACGAGGGACAGCGUAUUGUAUGCUUGAAGACCUCCAGAAAGCUGUAGCUGAUUUUUAUUCUGCUCUGGAGUUGUUUCCUAAGAACGUUGAUGUGGAGGACAGCUUGAAGGAAAUGCAAGCACGACUGGAUUCAACCAAGAGGUCAUAAUUUGGUUGUAGCCAAUUGAAGGAUCUGUGCACACGGUGUCGAUCAAUGCAGGCAGUGGACAUUCAACUUCGAACAAAAAAAAAGACAAACAGAAUAGUUUAAUUACAGGAAAAGAAAACCUGAAAUUUCCCUGUUCUGAGACUACUUUCCACCUCUUGUCCUUGUUUUUAUCUCAUCCUUUCUUCUCACUCAGAUGUAACAUAAGCUAGUUGCCGAUAUAGUGGACGUGUCUGGAGUUUUGUUUUAGUUCGCAGUUGGGAGAAAGAUAUACAUGCAUUCUCACGUUUCCUGUGAAUUAGUCUGAAAGCAUUCCGACGUACUGUGGAAUGCCAAGGAAUCACGUGAGGGACUAGUAGAUCGUCAGUGUCUUGGUUCAGUGACCAGCCACGAGUCUUCUACUUGGAUUUUUACAAUCUGCGAAGUAAGCUUGGGCGAAUCAUCACGAAAUAAAGGUCUUGAAUCUCCUCACGCUCAUGUUUACUGA